CAAACCACAGCCUCCCGAUCGCGUUCGAUCGUUUCCGUUCGGAUUCACCCCCGAAAGUGGCGCUUGUUUUCUGCUUGUUCUAAAUUCAUUAUUAAUUUAUUUGCCUCACCUCAAACUCAAUAAAAAAAAACAUUCUGUAUGGCAUUCUUUGUUUGGCUUCGGAUGAAGUUAAUUAAUUUAUUUCGAUUGUUUUACUUGAGCGAACAUCGGUUGGCUUCCGGUUACAAGUAUAGUUCGCAGUUGUGUUUGUGACUUCUGUAUUGUGUGAAGCUGCAAAGCUGCCUACAAUGAAUUACGUUUUAAACGAAGUUUUUAUCGUGUAGGAAUAUAACUAAUAUAACUUGCAGAGACACUGCAUUGAUGCUUUCCGUAUGUAAAAAAUAACCGAGUGUAUGCAAUUUUAAUUAAAAAUAGUGUAUAUUGUACAAACACGUUUAUUCGAGCCAACAUGUUAGCAAAACUUUUAUCCAUCUAUCUGUUUACGGUUGUAAGUGCCCUUCCCGGACACGGUAUCCCGAGUGAUGAAGAGUUUGUGUCAUCCGCGAGAGAAAAAAUUUUCCAACUGGUUCACAAUCAAUCUGAAUACAGUCAUGAGCCUGGAUGCGGGCACGAUGAAGAGUGUGUUCCAGCGAUGAGAUGUCCCGUGGAAUCCGAUGAAAGGCCCAGCCUGCGACCCUGCACUACGGCCUUCAGCACAAAGGGAGUGUGCUGUCAGGCAGGGUUCAGCCACUUGGCGAGUGUCCGCAGAAAGCGCUCACCCGGAUAUGACAACUAUGAGCACGUGUUAAUCAAUGCCAUUCAGGAAGGUCACCAAACAUUUGCCGAAACAAUGGAAUGCAUGGAGCGGAACCAAAAGGACGUUGUUUCGGAGACGAGAAAUGCUGAACCAUCGUUCCAUCAACUGUUGCAACCGGUCCAUUCUUCGGAAACGAAUCACGGGCAGCUGACGGCGUUUGAAGAUUUAUUCGUAAGCCGAGCUUUCGCCGAAAUGGCUAACUUGUCGGUUGCGGAACGACAACUGGACCAGUUUGUGGAACUCCCGAAGGAAUUCCAGAAGCGGUGCACUGCUCCGGUGAACUGCAAUCCACAUGCAUCCUAUCGGUCCAUCGAUGGCACCUGCAACAAUCCUCAUCCGGCCCGGUCCUCGUGGGGUGCAGCCGAGACGCCUUUUCACCGGCUUCUGCCGCCGGCUUACGAGGAUGGAGUAUGGGCACCGAGAAUUCACUCCGUAACCGGAAACCUUUUGGCCAGCCCCAGAACCAUAAGUGCUACGGUUCUCCAUGACAUCGAUCGUCCGGAUGCUAGCUUGAAUCUACUGCUGAUGCAGUUCGGUCAGUUCCUCAUUCACGAUAUAACCAGAAGUUCCAGUAUAAAAAUUGGCAAGAACGAAAUCGAAUGCUGUUCGAGAGACGGUUCCCAUAGCCUCCACGGAGAUCAAUCCCAUUUCGCUUGUUUACCGAUCGAUGUUAGUGCAAAUGAUCCGUUCUAUGGGAAGUUCGGUGUCCGCUGUUUGAAUUUUGUUCGUCUCGCCUUGGCCCAAGAUGAACAGUGCCGUCUGGGAUAUGCAAAGCAAAUCAACAAGGUUACUCACUUCAUCGAUGCGUCCACGGUUUAUGGGUCUAACAAUGAACUGGCGGCAUCACUGCGAACCUUCCAGAAAGGUUUACUGCGAAAUUCCUUCCCGGCCCGGAUUGAGCUUCCGCCAUUCAAUCGAGAUCCCGGCGUCUGUGAGCCUUGGGCUCGGGCAUGUUUCGAGGCCGGCGAUGAUCGCUCCAAUCAGAUUAUUUCGCUUGUUCAAAUCCAUACUUUGUUCCUGAGGGAGCACAAUCGCAUUGCUUCGAUCUUGAGCCAGGUCAACCCUCACUGGAGUGAUGAAACGUUGUACCAGGAGGCGAGAAAAAUUGUGAUUGGUGAAAUUCAACGAAUUGUCUACAACGAAUAUGCUCCGAUUGUGGUUGGAGCGGAAAAGGCUAGACAGUAUGGAUUGCUGGAUGAGUCGCACGGUCAUACGAAUCUGUACAAUCCCAAACUGAGACCGUCGGUACUGAACGAGGUUUCGGGGGCCGCUUUUCGGUUUGCUCACUCCACUGUUGAUGGUCAUCUUCGUAUUCAACAUCGCCACUCUCGUACGGAAAACAUUCCCAUCCACACGGUACUGGACGAUCCGUCCAGGCUGAUCCAUCCGACCAGUUUCGAUGAUUACAUGCACUCUCUCGGCAGUCAGGCUCAGCAGCAGGUGGAUGCCUCCGUUACCAUGGGUCUGGCAGGAAUGUUGUUCGCAGGACGGGCACCAUUCGGAUCCGACCUACCCGCGCUGAAUAUGCAACGUGGCCGCGACCAUGCCCUGCGUCCGUACAAUGAUUACAGAGCAUGGGUCGGCCUACCGAAACUGCAAAGCUUCCACGAGUUCGGUCACGCCGGUAGCAAACUGGCGCAAGUUUACGAAUCUCCAGAUGACAUCGAUCUGUGGAUCGGAGGUCUGUUGGAACCUCCCGUCGCCGAUGGACUGGUCGGGGAAACGUUUUCAAAUCUUAUUGCCGAACAGCUCGCACGGCUCAAGUAUGGUGAUCGAUUCUACUACACCGAAAGUCCGGAAAACAAUCCGAGUGCCUUCACGGCGGCCCAGCUGGAACAAAUCGGCAGGGUUACACUGGCCAGCGUUAUCUGUGCCAACGUGGAUGAACGGGUCGAUUUCUAUCAAGCUCCACUAGCCUUCCUGCGGUCUGGCUCGCAUAACGUUCCGAUUCCGUGCAAGCAGUUCCACGAUUUGAACCUGUCCGCUUGGAGGCAUUAAAUGUUUUCGUGUCACAACCGCGUGUCGUAAUUUUUUUUCUUUGUUCUUGUUUUUUUUUUGGUUGAAUCCUAUUGUUAACGUUACAAUAAAAUGUGAUACAUUUUUUCUGUCUCAAAUGUUGAAAUAAUUUUCAUUCAGCGAAACACUGCUGCUAAUUAUCAGAAUUGUUUUAUUCCACCGUUCCGAGGCGGGUUUCUUCUCUUCGCUUAGUUUAGCAGUCAAUGCAGCCGCCGUGCGGAAACAAAUCCAGGAUGACGAUGUCUUUAUUUACGUUAUCAUCUCAGCUGAGCAUUAAACUCGAAAAGUUGAAAUCAUUCCACAUAGUUCCAGUUCGUCAAUGGAUUGCUGAUUUCAAUGCGAAAGUGAUGUUAGUAUUCUCCGGCCCCGUAAUUGACUUUGAAGUGUCAUUUUUAUGUGCUGUGAACGUACGUAAAUAAUAUGAUUUUGUUUUCCUGUUAAAUUAAAAAUUGGUAAUGCAAUAAAUAUUC